AUGUUUGAAAUCACAGCCCUUCUGCUGUUUCUUCUAGCAACAACAUGCGCAACAGCAGCGCCCAACUGCCCACCUCUCGGCCCGGUCUUCCAAAAGCCGCGAAACUUCAAGUCCAGCGCCGCCAUCCGCGCCGCCCUCGCGAACCUGACCGAGACUUUCCAAGCCCGCGACGAAGACAACUCGGCCGCCGUCCGCGCCAACAUUACGAGCUACAGCCUCGAGGUGUUCAGCAUCAGCGAUAGCGACCCCGUCAUCUUUGGCUGGCAUCACACUGCGCCGGCGCACGCUUCCAGCAAUUUCACCAAUGGCGGGGCGAAGAAGACGGACGCGGACACGGUCUAUCGCCUGGGUAGCUUGACCAAGAUCUUUACGGUUUAUACGUGGCUGGUGCAGGACGGGGAUGCCAAGUGGAAUGAGCCGAUUACCAAGUACGUACCGGAGCUGGCGAAGGCGGCGGAUAAGGCGAAGGAUGAUCCGGUGGGGAAUGUGGUGUGGGGGGAGGUGACGGUGGGGAGUUUGGCUGGACAGCUUUCGGGGGCUGUGAGGGAUUAUCAGAAUACCGCGGUCCAGCUUGGGUUUCCGGCUCUGAAUAGCUCGGAUCUCACUUUGCCUAAGUGCGGUGUUUGGCCCCAUUGUAACAGGACUGCCUACACCAACACGGGCUUCCAAAUCCUCGCCUACGCGCUCGAGUCCAUCAAGGGCAAGCCCUUCCAGACGCUCAUGGAAGAAUCCAUCCUCCGCCCGCUCAACCUCUCCAGGACCUUCUAUCAGAAGGCCGUUUCCAACCUCGGCAUCAUCCCCGGCCCCGGCACCUCCUCUGACGCCCAAUGGGACUACCAACUGGGCGACGAGAACCCGGCGGGCAACAUGUACUCCUCCGACCGGGAUAUCUCCGCCCUCGGACGCUCCAUCAUGCGAUCCACGCUUCUAGCUCCCGUGCUCACUAACCACUGGCUCAAACCCGCCGCUCUAACCUCCGAACCCAACGCCGGCGUCGGCUAUCCCUGGGGCAUCCGGCGCAUCGUCUUGUCAAGUGUAACCAACGGCAAGCGCGUCGUGGACGCGUACAACAAGGCCGGCCGCAUCGGGUACUACAACUCGCUGUUAAACCUGCUCCCCGACUACGGCGUCGGCUUUUCCGUUUUGCUGGCUGGCCCGAACCUGCCCGCCAACGCAAACCUUAACCUCGCCGAUGUUUUGGGGGAGCAGCUGUUGCCGGCGCUGGAGGAGGCGGCGAGGGAGCAGGCGCAGGAUACCUAUGGCGGGAAUUCGUCACUGAAAAUCACCACGCAGCCCGACCGCCCGGGACUGGGCAUCGAAAAUUGGGUGUCUAACGGGACGGACAUGCAAUACAUGGCGACCGUGCUGGCGGCGGGGUACGCGCCUAUGGAUCGCAAGAAUGGACGCGCAGCAACACAGGGGAAGAGGGUGGCGUGUAAGGCCGUCUUUGAGGAUUUGAAUGUCCCAAGCAGGACGCCGCCGAGUAUGUUCUCGACGGACUGUGGGAGCUGGGUCAGCUUGACCGGGGUAACGUAUGGGAGUAUGCCGCUCGAUCAGUUCUUUUUUGAGGUGGAUGGGAGUGGGAAGGUGCUGAGUAUUGAGAAUGCGGCGUUGAGAAUGGUGAUGAGGAAGGGGUGAAGUGAGGAAAGUGGUGGUGAAGGAGGGGGGAAUAUGUAAAAGGGGUCCGUGGAUUCAAAGUGCGGGGCUGGUGGCUUAGCUGGUUUGGAAGACGAUCAGACAGAGUUUAAAAAAUGAUUAGGAUGAUGAACGCCAGGAGAUGGACGGGGAUGCUUUGCUCCAGGGAACUUAUUGGAGAUAGAAUGCGCAAGAGGUACAAGGAUGGAAACGACAAGAGAGACCAAUGCACUUGUUCUGCACUGUUCGACAAUGGUCCUAAAAGUAACAACCACAUCAUGGUAAAUGCAUAUAUUUCAUACCGACGACAAAUGGAGUUGAGAAAACAAAGUCGAGCUCGUUGCGCAAAGCAUAAUGGCGGUGUUGCGUUGUGUUUUGUUGAGGGAUUACGUCACUGUAAUUUGUGUUACAUGAUGC